GGAGCCUUCUUUUGAAAUCGCUGACAAAGAAAUCAUUAAUUGCAUUUGUGAUGGUGAUCAUAUUAAUGUGAAUGCAGAACAAACAUACACAAAUGCCAUACAAGCACUGUAGCACAUCAUAAUAUGAUUUUCCUGUUAAAAGCGAUUUGGCAUUAGUGUCUUAACUCCAUAAUUGGCAAAGGACAAGACUCAGAAUGGCUGCAAAGAAAGCUGCUACAGUAACCUCAAUCCUAAUUCUACUGACAGCUUUUAAUAUUCCUGAAGGAUUAGGAUCUUAUUGCAUGGCUACUGACUGUACUAAUACUGGAUAUCAUCAAAACAAUGGACUGUCCCUCUAUCUUAGUGUCUGCUGUGCUAUAAGUAACUUGGGACAGACUGUUACUAUCAGGGACAAUGGCAUUUCAAAGUACAUCCUCUGUCCUAAAUUAAGACCAAAGUCUUGCCCAGAACUGAUGUCUUGCCAGGAGAUUCUUGAAGCUAAUUCUGAAGCAGCAUCUGGUGAGUAUUCUAUUGCUCAUCUAAACAGCACUGUAUACACUGCCUAUUGUAAAAUGGACAUCACUGACUGUGGAGAAGGAGGAUGGACAAGAAUAGCUUACAUCAACAUGACUGAACCUGGAGCUUCAUGUCCUGAUGGAUUAGUCACUAAAGACUAUAAUAACAUUGAUCACAGUGUCUGUGGAAUCAAUCUCGGUGGAGCAGGAUGCCUAUCAGCAUUCUUCUCUACUAAUGGUUUGAACUAUUCUAAAGUGUGUGGACAAAUCAGAGGAUAUCAGUAUCACUCACCAGAUGCAUUUCAAGGAUCUUUGUCAGUUGGUCUCGAUAGCUAUUAUGUGAGUGGAUAUUCUAUUACUCAAGGAGACAAUCCUCGUCAACACAUAUGGUCAUAUGCUGGCGGUGUUUAUCAGAAUGAUAUUACUCAAUACGACUGUCCAUGCAAUACAGAUUUCACUCUUAAUCUCCCGCCAUCCUUUGUUAGCAAUGAUUACUAUUGUGAAGCAGGGCUACCAGUAGGACAGGCAUACUCUGCUCUUCUUUAUCCUAAUGAUCCAUUGUGGGAUGGUAAACAGUGUCUUGGAUUAGAAGGCCCUUGUUGUACUAAUCCUAAAAUGCCUUGGUUUAAUAAAGCAAUAGAAGGAGCUGGUAGCAGCUACAUUGAGGUGAGGUCGUGUACCAGAUUUGGAUCUGCAGGUGGAGAUACUCCACUGGAUAUACUGGAGUUGUAUGUCAAAUAGUCAUGGGACGUAUUGAACUAUUUUUAUGUCAUUGUGAUUGCUAUAUAGCCUGUUCAUUUUGUUAUUCCCUAUUCAUUAUUAGUAUUUUAAUGAUGCUUUUAUUAAAUAUUUUAUGGAAAAUAUGCA